GAAGGGAGCAUUGCACCAAGUAGUUGGUAAAUUUGCUUUCCAAUUUUGACCCGGGUCCAUUUCAAGGCGAUCCGAUUCCGGCCCAAAUCCCUCAUCUUUAUGCUUAAUCUGUUAGUAAUCACGAUGUGUAAUUUCCAUUUAUAUUCUUGCGAAAAAACGCCAAAUUUUCGCUUUUAUCGAUCCGUUCUCUCACUCGGAAAAACCAGAGACGAAUCAGCAGAGGAGAAACAAAGGGAUUGCAUGCAUGUGUCUGUAUGUAGAAACCCGUACGAGGAUCUGAAGUUUCACUUGAUUUCGCUAAUUUGUUGUUUUUCUUGUUGAAAGAUGUAAAUCUUGAAACCAUUCCUGAAAUCCGCAUUGCCAAGAAUUUUAAUUUUACGAAGAAUUGUAAGAAUUCAUCGGUUAUAGGUGGCUAUGGUUCUUCUGUUGGAGCAUUUGCUAUUUUCACUAAGAAUGUGAAGAAGGAAGUUUCGUAAAAAUACAUGCAUAAUGGAAGAUGCGGCAGCUCUACUAGAGGCCUCAGGAUCCAGAUUUUGUGAUUUGGAGCUCAUUGGAAGAGGUUCUUUUGGGGAUGUUUACAGAGGGUUUGAUAAGGAAUUAAAGAAGGAGAUUGCCAUCAAGGUCAUUGAUUUGGAAGAAUCGGAGGAUGAGAUAGAGGACAUCCAGAAGGAAAUUGCGGUUCUUUCAGAAUGUCGAUCUCCAUAUAUUACAGAGUAUUAUUGUUCUUAUUUGCGCCAAACUAAACUGUGGAUAGUCAUGGAGUACAUGGCUGGUGGUUCUGUUGCUGAUCUGAUUCAGCCUAACCAACCACUGGAUGAAGGUUCCAUAGCUUGUAUAAUACGUGAUUUACUCCAUGCAAUUGAGUAUCUCCACAAUGAGGGAAAAAUUCAUCGAGAUAUUAAAGCGGCAAACAUUUUGUUGACAGAGAAUGGUGAUGUUAAGGUAGCAGAUUUUGGUGUUUCUGCUCAAUUAACUCGGACAAUUUCAAGAAGAAAGACUUUUGUAGGAACACCAUUCUGGAUGGCUCCAGAAGUAAUUCAAAACGCUGAAGGAUACAAUGAGAAGGCAGAUAUAUGGUCUUUGGGGAUAACUGUAAUCGAGAUGGCAAAAGGAGAACCUCCUCUUGCUGAUCUCCAUCCUAUGAGAGUGCUUUUCAUCAUUCCCCGAGAAAAUCCACCGCAGCUAGAUGAGCAUUUCUCUCGUCCUAUGAAAGAAUUUGUCGCUCUGUGUUUGAGGAAGAAUCCAGCAGAGAGACCAAGUGCAAAGGAACUUCUUAAGCACCGUUUUAUCAAAAAUGCUAGAAAGAGCCCAAAGCUUUUGGAAAGAAUCAGUAGAGAGCGUCCCAAGUUUCAAAUAAAUGAAGAGACACAAGAUGGUCCAACCCCAUCAGCGGAAGCAACUGGAACCAUUAAGGUGGUUAGACAGUUGGGAGUAGAAGACACCAUUCGAGCAAGUAGUCAGGCCACAAGCCUUCGGAAUACUGGAUGGGACUUCAGUAUUGGUGCAUCAGGCAGCACUGGAACUGUUCGAAGUGCGAAACCACCUCAGGUAAGAGAAAGGAAGCCUGAGGUCCCAUUAAAUCAAUCUACCUCCAAGGUAUUAGAUAGUGGUAACCAGCGCUCUUCUGCUUCUGGAACUAUGCUUCAUACUUCAUCAGAGUUCUCUAUGAGGAAAGAUGCUAACCAUCAAACCAAGCAAGAAAAUUAUCAUGAAGAUGAAGAUGUGAGUGGUACAGGAACUGUUGUCGUACGGUCUCCAAGAGCUGUUAAGGUUUCCCCCCUGUCCAGCAGCCAAAGUUCCAUGUCUAGCAGCAUGUAUGUGUCUGCUGAAGAUGCUUCCAUCAGUGGCACUGUUGUUUUUCGAGGAGAGCAUGAAGAUUCAGAUUCUCCUAGAACUCCAAAGUCCAGGCUGGGGCUUCAAGAGAGAACUUUUACUGCAUAUCUUGAGGACAGUGAAGCGAACCUUGCAGAGGCCAAGGCAGCAAUUCAAGGAGGAAGAAAAGCAAACAUUAGGGAAAGGCCUUCUCCGAUAAACAAGGUCAGCAGAGAUGUGCAAGAGAGCAGAAGAGUGGAACACCCCACAAGAAGCUCUGAUUCAUCUAGAUAUUCUCGUGAUUAUUUUGAUGCGCAAAGAGCAUUUUCAAGAUCGCACCAUGCAAGUGAUGAUGUGGACAAUUCAAGGAGUGCAACAGCUUUUUCUGCCCCCUUAUCAGUUCUUCUAAUCCCUUCACUUAAAGAUGCAAUUGCAGAUGAUUCAAGAGGAUCAGUCUUUAAGAUAGUAUCCAAGUCUUUAACGGAUAUGGAGCAUGUUAAGCCUGGAUCUUCUGAAGUAUUUGUCACCAAGUUGCUUCAGCAACUUGCAAGUUCCAAGGAAGGUUCUCUGAAGGACCUGCAGGAGCUAGCAGCCCGGAUCUUUGUAAAGGGCAAGGUAGAGACACCGGUUACAAGUGCAGAGGCUGAAAGCAAAAGGAAGCAACCACCCAAGGAGCUUAGUUCAAAUGCCAGUAUGAGCCCACUUGCAAGGUUCCUACUCUCUAGAUGGCAAGGCCAUGCUUCCAGAGAUCUUAAUUCUUGAGAAAUGAGGUCAGAUAGUAUUUUUCUUGUUGAAUUCGUCUUGUUUUUGAGUUAAAAGGAGUGAAUGUACAUAACAUAGUAAAACUAUUAUUUACCGAUGGUUGAUUAGAUAUUUCUUAUAUAAUUAUUCAUGUUAUUCUUUAUCAUUUUUGUGAAGGGGCAGAGUGAGAAUUAGUUUCUAAUUUGCCUUGUGUUGUAAUGAGUGAAACGAAUAAUGUAUUUUGGCAAAAUUAAUGUUCAAUAUAUAUGAAUAUGA